AUGGGGGAAGGGCUGUUUCCUGGACAGUCAGAUCUAUUGCCAAACUCUGGAUUAUGGAAAUACCUUAUUAUCCAGUUGCUCCCUUUUUUAGAUACUGGAUACUUCUUUUAUCACAAUGGCAUUGCCAAGGCCAGGAGAAGACGCAGUCUUCAACACAAGCUUCAUCUGGAAAAGGAUUCCAGGGUAAAGAAAGCUGUGCAACAGGAAGGCUUCAGCAGAAGGAAGCGAGGAUAUAGAGACAUCAAUGACAUUGACAUCAACAUGAAUGAUCCUUUAUUUACAAAGCAAUGGUACCUGAUUAACACUGGUCAAGCAGAUGGGACUCCUGGCCUUGACCUUAAUGUAGCUGAAGCAUGGGAGCUGGGAUACACGGGGAAGGGAGUUACCAUAGGAAUUAUGGAUGAUGGAAUUGAUUAUCUGCAUCCUGAUCUUGCAUCAAAUUAUAAUGCCAAAGCCAGCUAUGACUUCAGCAGUAAUGAUCCCUACCCCUACCCCCGCUACACAGAUGACUGGUUUAACAGCCAUGGGACAAGGUGCGCGGGAGAGGUGUCUGCUGCUGCCAACAACAACAUCUGCGGCGUCGGAGUUGCAUACAACUCCAAGGUGGCAGGUAUUCGAAUGCUCGACCAGCCAUUUAUGACAGACAUCAUUGAGGCUUCCUCUAUUAGUCAUAUGCCUCAGGUCAUAGAUAUAUAUAGUGCCAGCUGGGGACCAACUGAUAAUGGAAAGACUGUGGAUGGACCUAGAGAGCUAACACUGCAAGCGAUGGCAGAUGGUGUGAACAAG